AAGAUUUUUUUUUGCAAAGCAACAACUGUGUUUGUAGUAGCACUCUGGGUGUUUAGAUUUUUGUUGCUGGAUUUUUGGUAUGAAUUGGUGCCUUUAUGUUGAUGGUUUUCGGUUAUUGUGUUUUUCUCCUCAUACCACAUAAAGGAGCUAAUAAAAAUGGUGAGGAUUAUGAUGGUUUUAGGCUUGAGGAGGAACUGCCUGACCCAGAUGUGUGUGUGAGUGAAGCCACCCUGUGCCCCACAGUCGUACGCUUCCUGCCUGCAGUGGCUGUCUGAUUCCCGAGGACUCCACGCAAUCCUCACCCACAAGUCAUUCAAGUUGCGGUGGACCCUACUAUUGGCUCUGACAUCUGUCAAUCAAGCUGAACAAGGGAGUUCCCUCCAUCAGGCAUCUGGAUAGCAUGUAGACAAGUCAAAAAUAGCACGGAAUCACCAGAGAAGAAAUACGAGACGACUGAGAGAUGAAGAGUUCUGGCUGAAGGAAGGAAAGGCGCGCACUGAUGGAUUGCUUCAGAACGGGCGGGGCACACAUCUGCCAGGGCUGGGACCACCUUUUAAGACAGCGAGAGGAAGAGAGGGAGAGAGAGAGAGAAGAGAGGGUGAGGAAGGAGACAUGGCUGUACUCACCACAAAAGCAGACGGUUUGGCAGGAGCCCCGGAACGGAAUAUCUAGACGAGGCACUCCAAACAGCGUGAUGUGUACGAUGGUGCACACUGAAUCCUGGCUGUACCAGCACAGGCAGUAGCUGGGAGUCCCAAGGAAUACUCAGAAGACAGUAAUUCCGAGCCCAACGUUGACCUGGAGAACCAGUACUACAAUGCCAAAGCGCUGAAAGAAGAUGACCCCAAAGUGGCCCUGAGCAGCUUUCAGAAGGUCCUAGAGCUUGAAGGAGAAAAGGGAGAAUGGGGCUUCAAAGCACUGAAACAGAUGAUAAAAAUCAACUUUAAACUGCCAAACUUCCCUGAAAUGAUGAACAGGUACAAGCAGCUGCUGACGUACAUUCGGAGUGCCGUCACCCGGAAUUACUCUGAAAAAUCCAUCAACUCCAUCCUGGACUACAUUUCCACCUCCAAGCAGAUGGACUUGCUGCAGGAAUUUUACGAAACCACCCUGGAUGCCUUGAAAGACGCCAAGAACGACAGGCUGUGGUUCAAAACGAACACAAAGCUGGGAAAGCUAUAUUUGGAACGGGAGGAGUUCGGGAAGCUCCAGAGAAUUCUCAGGCAGCUCCACCAGUCCUGUCAGGUGAUUGUGUCAGCUGCAGGGGGCGUAGAAACUGACGAUGGUGAGGAUGACCUGAAGAAGGGCACCCAGCUGUUGGAGAUCUACGCUCUGGAGAUCCAGAUGUACACAUCACAGAAGAACAACAAGAAGCUAAAGGCGCUGUACGAGCAGUCCUUACACAUCAAAUCUGCCAUCCCCCAUCCCCUCAUCAUGGGAGUGAUCCGAGAAUGUGGAGGUAAAAUGCACUUAAGAGAAGGAGAGUUUGAGAAGGCACACACAGACUUCUUUGAAGCUUUCAAAAACUAUGAUGAAUCGGGGAGCCCCAGACGGACCACGUGCCUGAAGUACUUGGUGUUGGCCAACAUGCUGAUGAAAUCGGGAAUAAACCCUUUCGACUCGCAGGAGGCCAAGCCUUAUAAAAAUGACCCAGAGAUUCUUGCAAUGACAAACUUAGUGAGCUCCUACCAGAAUAAUGACAUCACUGAGUUUGAGAAAAUUCUGAGAACAAACCACAGUAAUAUAAUGGCCGACCCCUUCAUACGGGAGCACAUUGAGGAGCUGUUACGGAAUAUCCGAACACAAGUGCUUAUCAAAUUAAUUAAACCUUACACUAGAAUUCACAUACCUUUUAUUUCUAAGGAAUUGAACAUUGACGUUGCAGAUGUAGAAGGUUUGCUUGUACAGUGCAUUUUGGACAACACGAUCAAUGGCCGAAUUGACCAAGUCAACCAGCUGCUGGAGCUAGACCAUCAGAAGAGGGGCGGGGCCCGUUACUCUGCUUUAGACAAAUGGACCAAUCAGCUCAAUUCUCUUAACCAAGCCAUUGUGAGCAAGCUGGCUUGAUUGACACAAAAUGAUACUUUAGGCCAACCCAGUGAUGUUGGCCUUGAACAGACUGCUGAAGGGGGCGACUGCUGUUGGGCUGAUGUGGUCUGGACAGCUUGGGCUUGACUGCUGUGCUGUCUCAUAUUGGCUGGUUUCCAUUUCGCUGCUGCAGUUUUGCAUCCAGAAGAAAAACAACCAAAAUUCUGGAUCUGUUCAGGAUUUGUGCUGCAAUUUGGGCCCUUGCCAGUGUGUUUUGUACAGCGCAAGACCAUGGAAGGCCAGGAAAGGAAAUGUCCUCAUCAUUUUACGCACAUUCGCUGAUGUUUUUUUAAUGAAUUCCAAAUUUCUUUUAUCUGUAGAAUAUGAAUAAACAUCCACCUGCAAUAACCUGGAAUACAAACCCCUUUGAUAGACUUUUUCAGCUUGUGUAAAUUGUCGUGUUUCCUGUGUUCUGCAAUUUUCAGGUUUCUGAACCAGCAGUUUUCUGUAGUAUGAAAGGUCUCCCCUCAUUUAUGGGACACUGGCCCCUUUAGAUGUCAGGCAGCAAAUUAAAAAAUGUGAGGAUAAAUUGCA